AUGUCUUUGUGUUUCCUCUUCCUCGCUAGCUUGAUCAGCGCUACCCUUGCGACGCCUUUCUUGGCCGAGACCAGCCCAGCAGACCUAUUUGGACGCUCUCAGUUACUCACUUCGGGAUGCUCGACUACUGGGACCGCGUCGUGCCGCAACACCUCGACCGUAUCGAAUUUAUGCUGCUUCGAAGCCCCAGGAGGGCUUUUAUUGCAGACUCAGUUUUGGGAUACGAAUCCUUCCACGGGUCCUAGCAACAGCUGGACCAUUCACGGCCUUUGGCCCGAUCAUUGUGAUACCACCUUCAGUCAAAAUUGCGACUCUUCUCGUGCUUAUACCGGGAUCAGCAGUUUGCUGAGCAACAAUGGUGCAAGUGAUACCCUUGCAUUCAUGAGAACAUACUGGGUAGACAUCAACGGACAGAAUGAACAAUUUUGGGCGCACGAAUGGGCGGCUCACGGAACGUGCAUGAGUACCCUCAAGACCGCAUGUCUCCCAAGCGGCAGUGUCAGAGGAGCCGAGGCUGUUGCAUUCUUCCAGACGGUUGUGAAAUUGUUCCAGACGCUGCCGACUUACACCUGGCUCGCCAAUGCUGGCAUUCUACCGACCAACUCACAGACUUUCACCCUAUCCCAACUAACAUCGGCUUUGAAGAGUGCAUCUGGAGGCUUUACCCCAGCACUCGAUUGCCAGUCAGGAACCCUCAAUCAAAUAAGCUGGUACUUCAAUUUGAGGGGCUCUAUUAUAGACGGCGUUUUCGUCCCAAUCAAUUCGCCGGAGUCGGGUUCCUGCCCAUCUUCCGGAAUCAAAUAUCCUCCCAAGAGUGGCACCCCGGCGACAACGACAACUACUUCUGGCGGCGGGACAACCACCGGGGCCCCUUCGAGUCUGCCUAGUAAAGCGACCAUUCGCUCCAUUCAGUCUGGCUCCCCUGUUGGCGGGCUUUUGACUGCAGGGACAUGGUCUACGCAAACAUUAGCGACUAUGACACUUUCCGGGACGACCUCAAGCUUCACCAUGACGUCCUCGAGGGGCAACUGUGGUGUCAGCAGUGGGAGUCUGACAUGCGGAAGCGGGGUAACGGCAACGACGUUCUCAGCUGUCUCUUCUGGUGGGAACCUUCUUCUGGCAUCUGGUGGAUCGACUGCUUUCACGAGUGACGGGGUUCCGAGUGGCACGACUGUCUACACAGUCUACACCGGCAGUAGCCGUGCGCAGGAUUAUACCCUCUCGAUUGUGAGCACCUAG